UGGACAUCAUGAAUAUGACAACUCUCUCUCUGUUUGUUUUGGUGCAUUUUUUUUCCCAUUUGGCCAUCUAUCUUAUCUCCCCAUUUUCUCCUCUUGACAUUUUUCUGGGGACUGAUUGUGAAUGAUUCCAUGACUUUUGGUAAAUUGCAACUUUCUUUUUUGCCCCUUUAAUUUUUUUUUUUUUUAAUUUUUCACCUCAAUCAAAACAACAAACAAAUGAAUGAAUGAACAAGCUGUGUGAAAAAGAGAAGAGGGAAGAAAAUAUUAUGUUAUUAGUGCUAAAAGAUAUUACUGUCUGGUCGGCUUUAAUCACCCUCAUUAUUCUACCCCUAAUGCCAAUGCUAAUAUCAUCCCAUCUCUCUUUCCAUUCUCUUUCACACCCAUAACCCACCAUUUCUUUCUCAUCUUCUCAUCUUCUUCUCAUCACAAACCCCUUUUUUCCUCUCUUUUUCCCCAUCUAUACCUCCUUCCAUUCGGUCUUGUUUUUGCUGCAGUAAGGUCUUGACUUUAGAUCUGCAGCUCAAUCUGCUGCUGCUUGGCUGGUAAAUUUUCAAACUUUUUUGCUGUUCUUUGAUUGGUGUUGAAUUUUUGAUCUGGGUUUUGUAGCACCCUUUCGUUUUGGUUCUUUAUUUGUUAAAAUUUGUGAAAAGCUCUUGGCUUUUCGUGUGUUGUUUUCUGGGUUUUGUUUGAAUUCAUGUUUUCCUCAUGAAAUGUCUUUCUUUUACUGGAAACCUGUAAAAUUAAGUACUUGACUUAUUGAAGGAUUUGAGACGGAGCUGAUGCGACAUGUUUUGCUUCUGUAACCAAUGCAUUUUGAAGAAUGAUUUCACUAGUUUUCUGAUAUUGCAAAAAAAGAGCUCAUGCUAAUCAUUUGGGUUUUUCAAUAACUUUACACCUGCAUAAGGAUAUAGUUUAUUUUUUUAAUUCAUUCUUUUUUGGGUCUCUUUCUACAGAAGCAUCCUAAGUGACUGCAUUGUAAAAUAAUGUGUUAGUGAAAUGUGAUUGUCUGGUUGGUAAAGCUUCAUUACAGGUUUCCUUUUGUGUAAAGUUUGGGAUGCCAGAAUAAAGUUUUUAUGAACACAUUUGAUGCUUUGAGUUGUUGCUAGGUUGAGUGAAUUUCAUGUGGUCUUCUUUGGGUGGUGGGUGGAUAGUAUGUGUUCACUUGUGCACUGAAAAGCUUUUUUCUUUAAUUGAAUGGAUUAAAGAGGAUGAUGUGCCAUUUAUGUUUACGCAAACUAGUGACAAGUGUGGUUGAAUAGCUCAUGGGGUCAGUUAAACCUCUUUAUUUGUUGGCAUUUGUUCUCAUGAAUAAAAUUUUCGCAGGAGUGCUUUCAUCUAUAAUGUUUUGUAACAAUCUUGUAAUUCUGCGGGUUUACAUGCAGUGUUUGGUUCUCUAAUCUGAAGAUCAUUCUAGAACUAAAUGAUUCUUGAAACAUUGAUGAGUUUUGUAUUCGCAUUUGCUCUGUUUUGUUGCAUGUUGGUGAUCAGGGUGGAAAAAUAUCAGUUUUUGCGGUUGUAUGUUUGUGCCCUUUACUUUAUUAUCACAGUGACUAUGUUCAUUUGUUUGCUUUUGAUUUCAGAUUAGCUGAACAGUUGUGGUGGGGGUGUGGUGUGCUGAUGCCCAACUGAUACGUAUAGAUCUUCUGCAAUUCGCAAUUGAUUGAGUGCAGUGAGCCCGAAUGCAAGGGCAACGUAGUGCUGUUGGUUCCUUACCCGAGGUUUUAGGCUUUGAUCAUGGAUCAACUUCUAGUGAUAGUAGUUUAGACCAGCCAAUUCGCUGGAAUACUAUGAGAAACACUGCCCAAAGCAGGGCACCCGAUUAUAUGAUAACAUCAAGUGAUGCAACUGUUGGAUACCUGAACGCAGUGAACCAACCUGCACAGAGUUUAAGUGGAUGGGAUUUUGGUGAAAGCAGUUCUAGAGUUAGACAAGGUGAGGUGAGUGAAAAUGCUCAGAAAACUGAGAGUUGGUGGGUAUCUCCUAUGAAUGUUUGUACUGGUUCUGCUAUUAGUUCAGAUGGGCAGCAAUGUGGAUCUUCUGGUAGUCUUUCAUUGAAUCAUGGUGAUGUUAAUGUCCGAAGCAGUGACAAUGCAACUGGAACUUUCUCUGUGCAAAAUUCAGGUUCAGACACCAACCCACGAGAUCUGAACAUGAACUCAGAUUUUGUUGCCGAUGAAGAUGAUGAUUGCCAAGUUGUGGAACGUCCUGAUGCAUUCAAAUCUGUAGGAUCAGUGAGGGAGCGAAUGCCUUCUGCUAGCUCUUCAAGUUCUUUAGGGAUGACUUCUGUUAGUGGUGGAUAUCUGGCGGAGGAUGUUGAUGGUAGACCAGGUUGCUCGUUAGAUGGUCGAAGGUUAUCUUGUAAAAGAAAAACACUUGAAGGGAAUGCUGGGCAAUCUUCUGGAAGUGGAAGUUCAAACCACACGCAGCAUGCUGAAAGUAGUCUAUGGCAUGCUAUUCCGGCUAGACAUGGCGUUUCUAACAACUUUAAUACUGCCACCUCUUCAGAAAGCAAUCUGGGGAUCAAUUUACAUGAGCCUGUAAAUCCAAGACUGGGAUUAAGUGUCGGACAAGUAUCCACUGAAAACUGUACUACACAAACAGUUUCAGGGACUGCAGAGAGCUCACGCAGGAAUUUCCGAUUGAGAAUAAAUGCAUCCCAUCAACAAGAUUCUGUCCGGAGUAAUUCGGUAUCUAUGGACACUGAUAUUGGCAAUUCCAAUAUUUCUUCUGUGCAACACUCGUUUAGGAUGCUUCCUCAAAAUAACUCUAUGGAGCUUAGACAAGCCCCUGUAAUUGAAAACGGAAAUCCUCAAGGCCAGCCUCUUUUAGUGCAUGUUUCGUCUUCUCGUCGUAAUCCACUAAGAUGGAAUGGAUCUUCUGGUACAAGACCUGUUAACUCGUCAGGUGUUGCUAUUCCUGGGGCCGCACCAUAUGAGGAGUCUACUUCAGCAAGUGUGCCCAGGAACAUAUCAGAACAUCCUAUGUUCCUACCUCCAAAUGAUAUGAGAAACUUGUCACAGAACCCUGCUAGCUGGAACUUAGCAGGUGGAAACAUUAAUAAUCCUAUGAAUGUCGCAUCUAGUUCUCGGAGCCCAAGCUUAGGUGUUCCUUCAUCUGCCCCUACUUGGACUCCCCAUCGUAAUCCUACCCAAUUUCCGAGGAGACUGUCAGAAUAUGUUCGCAGAGCAGCUCCGCUAUCUUCAGGUGAUACUGAAGCUGUAGGACAGAGUAGCAAUUAUCCUUUGAGAUCAGUUGCCUCAUCCUCGCAAGAUAUAAAUCUUCCGCCUGGACCUAGUACGCAUGGACGCCAUGCACCAAGUUCUAGAUCGGCAAUGUUGUUGGAGAGACAUCUUGAGGGUGCUUUAGGGGUUCCCUAUUCAUUAAGAACUCUGGGUGGUGCCCCUGAAGGAAGAAGCAGGCUAAUGUCUGAGCAGAUACGCAAUGUCUUGGAUCUCAUGCGCAGAGGAGAAGGCUUGCGAUUUGAGGACGUGAUGAUACUUGACCAAUCUGUAUUUCUUGGGAUGUCUGAUAUUCAUGAUCGCCAUAGGGAUAUGCGGUUAGAUGUCGAUAACAUGUCAUAUGAGGAAUUAUUGGCAUUAGAAGAACGUAUUGGAAAUGUGAAUACUGGGUUGGCAGAAGAAAUAAUUUUGAAACAGUUGAAGCAACGGAAGCAUGCACGCAAAAAAUCAGAAGACGUCGAAACAGAACCUUGCUGCAUAUGUCAGGAAGAGUACAUCAACGGCGAUCAGCUUGGAACACUGGAUUGCGGGCAUGAUUUCCAUGCAGAGUGUAUAAAACAAUGGCUUACGCACAAAAAUUUGUGCCCCAUUUGUAAAACAACAGGAUUAUCCAAAUCAUAGGAUAUAAACCCCGGGCACUGGAAUCAGUCUCCCGGUUGAUCUGAAUGAGGUGGGUAUGCGGCUCCAAGGAAGUAUCUGAGAGAUCAUGCCUGCCUUCCUCAUUCAUCACAACACUCCUUGAGAACACUUCAGGGAAUGUAGUUUUUCUUUAUGGCACCGUGUUCUUGAUAAAAUUAUUUCAACAAUCAUAAACAGAACAAUUUGUUCGAACUUUUCAGUAGUCAGCAAUUCAAUUCAUUAUUGGAAAUUCAAAUUACCAAUCUUUAUGGACCCUUUUUGUGGGUUUUUAGCUUUGUGUUGUCUUGUUACUUUGAGUUGUUUUUUUCCUUUCACUAGGAUGACAUGCUAUCUAGUAUUUUGUUAAUGUUAGGUUUUGGGUUCUUGAAAGAGAAGAACAGAACAGAAUCAGGUUGCAAGAAAUCCCCAGAAUAAUUUCCUAGGAAAACGCCUAGAAGUGUUUGAUCUUUAAUGGUUGGGAAUAUAGCCCAAAAAUAGAAGAUUGCACGAACUACAGUUCGGAAGUACUUGUGAAACAUCAAGAUUUGUAAGUAAUUACAAACUCUUGGCAAGUUAGGUUUGUAGGUGUGAAACAUCAAGAUUUUUUUUGUGUGUGAAACAUCAAGAUUUGUUAGCCUUAUUGAGCUUGCAAAACAAUGUUUGGGUGUAUCACAAGUUUGAAUCAGCUGUUCAGACUUCAGAGCAUUGGAAGUGGAGGCCAUUUGAAGCAUUGGAAGUUUGGAAAGCGUUAAAACAGAAUUUGAAUGUAUACUUGGAAAAAUUGCAAUUUCCCUAAUCUACACACCUUCAAUAUGGUAUGUAUUAUUAUUAUUUUUUUUUAAUAAAAUACUCCAAAAAGAAGGUCCAAAAUUUUCCUCCUACCUUCCACAGAAGUUGAAGUGACGACUCAACAAGAAGGAAUAGCGGUUGGGUAAAAUGCCAGAACCAGAAGUUUCAAUUCAAAGAUUAGGAAAAAAAAAAAAAAGGUCCUGUGAGAGAGAGGGGUUACACUUAUUUGUUUCUUCUAUUAUUUUCUUCCUUCUUGGGGCAUUCAUUUAGUUCUUCACACGAAACUGAAUAAAAACCAGACACACACACACACACAGUGGUCAGAGAGAGAGAAAGAAAAGGAUGACUUUUUUUUUUUUUUUUCUCACCUCGGGAAAUGGCACAAUCCUAAUAAAUGAUUUCGGUUUUUUUCUCCUUCUUCCUUUUUUUAAGCUAAGGUGGCAUCCUGCUGGAUAAGGCAAUUGCAGAUGCCAAUCUUCUCAACAAAAACAAAAGAGCUGCUUCCCUCUUUCUGACUUUGCUCAUUUGGCCAUUUGGGUUGUUGUUUUCGGAUUGGAAUUUGCCAAAUUAGAGAGAGUCUAGUUGAAACGGUAUAUUAGAGAGAGUCAUUUGAUCCAAAACCAUGGCACAUAAUGGUGCAUUAACAAUAAAUGAAUAUAAAGUUAGUUAUAUAUAUAAGAACCAACUUGGCCAUUUGCCAAGUCAAAAACUUGUGGAUCAUUUUUAUAUUGAUUUUGGUCUUGCAAAUCAGUUGUUAAGAUAUUAUGCAUGAUUGAAUUUUCCUCAACUGCUUCAUCAGCCCAAAUUAUGGGCUUUGUGUAAUUCCUAUUUCCAGGUGGAGUAAAUGAAUGUACAUUCUUGUAUACAC